CGACAACUGCGCCGGUUUCUACCUGUAUCAAAUUUCUAUCCCUUAAAUAAAGCGACAAGUAAAUUUGCAUGAGCGCCGAAGUAUUCCGAAAAUAUUCGGCUUUUAAAAGAGUUAAAUCAAUGCAAACACCCCUGGACGAAUGAUGAUCGCGAUAUCGUUGUCGUAAAUGUUGGAGAUAAUAAAAAAAUGCAGUUGAAACAUCAAAAAUUUUCCUCAUCCCGGAGAGAAAAAAAGAGCGGCGAGUAACGGAAGUGUAAACGAGGGAAUGAAGAUUGUGCGCUCCGGGCGAAAGCUCAGCACGCUUUAAGGCGAGAUAAGAAAGGCACUGUGAGACAGAAAAUUGCAAACGGAAAGUAGCGGGUGUAGCGGUUGAAUAGCGGUGAAGAGCAGGGUGAAAACGACGCUCUUAUACUAGCUUAAGCGAAGAGACCGUGAUAUUCGUGAUGCAGAGCCUCGACGACUUGAUGACGUACAAUUCCACGUCUCACCUUUGGAACGUGACAACGCUGUGGUUCGACAAUGGCACCUACCACAACGGCACGAACUACACGGAUCUGGCGCCGCGGAAUCAAUUCGUGCUUCCGUGGUGGCGGCAGAUGAUUUGGACGCUUCUGUUCGCCGGCAUGAUCACCGUGGCGACCGGUGGCAAUUUAAUAGUAAUAUGGAUCGUGCUGGCGCACAGGCGGAUGCGCACCGUCACCAAUUACUUCCUGGUGAAUCUCAGUAUCGCGGACGCCAUGGUGUCCACCUUGAAUGUCACCUUUAACUACACCUACAUGCUCAACAGCCACUGGCCGUUUGGAACGCUCUACUGCAAGAUUUCCCAGUUCAUCGCGGUUCUCACAAUAUGCGCCAGCGUCUUCACAUUGAUGGCGAUAUCCAUUGAUCGGUACAUGGCCAUCGUGAAUCCUUUGAAACCACGUAUGGGAAAAAAGGCGACGCUGUGCGUUGCAAUCAUAAUUUGGAUCAUCGGGGCAAUUUUAUCUUUACCGAUGUUACUUUUCUACACCACGUACACUCAGAACUUCAUGAAUGGCGAAGUCCGCGUCGUCUGCUACAGCGAUUGGCCGAACACAGACGAUAAUGGACUCAGCUACGAUGAAUAUUUGUACAACGUUAUCUUCAUGAUAUUGACAUACUUUUUACCAAUCGGAUCCAUGACGUUUACUUAUGCCAGGGUCGGCCUGGAAUUGUGGGGCUCGCAAAGCAUCGGGGAAGCCACAGCCAGACAACUCGAAAACAUUCGGAGCAAACGGAGGGUCGUAAAAAUGAUGAUAGUCGUAGUAGUAAUAUUCGCAGUGUGCUGGCUUCCGUUUCAUAUGUACUUCAUAGUGACGUCCUAUCUGCCAGAGAUUACAAAUGAACCAUACAUCCAGGAGGUCUUUCUAGGCAUAUAUUGGUUGGCGAUGUCCAAUAGCAUGUACAACCCUAUAAUUUAUUGUUGGAUGAAUACUAGAUUUCGCCGUGGCUUCGCUCAAUUCUUCUUCUGGUGUCCGUGGGUGCGUGUGACGUCAGAGCCGUCUCUGUCGCGUUCGGAGGCCGUGACGUCCAGAUACAGCUGCACUGGUAGCCCGGACAUGCACACCAGAAUAUCGCGGAAUGGUACGUGCACCUUCUCGGAGCACACUUGCACCACCGGCUCCACAACGCCUAGGAGCGAGUCAGAGUCUCAUUUCGACGACACUGACCUAGCCCAAGGGGACGCGCGAACAUCAUCUAUAGAUUUGCGUCACUUGGUCCCCGACGUGCUCGCGGACGUCGAUCGUGACAACGUUGUCGCGGCCAGGAAUUGCACCUCGCUCUGAUCACCGUUCUGAUUCCGAGCAAAGCUUACAUCUUGUCUCCGAGCACUCGAGUACAUACUUGAUUUAAUGGAAUCGAAGAUACCGGCUCGUGAUCUUUCCCUUGUUUGCGACGCAUGUUAAAUUAUAUAUACAUUUAACACAGAACAUAAUAUAUAUACGGACGUAGAACCGUCAUUCAACAUAAAAAUUCUUUGCGCAUAUAUGAAAAUUCGAUUACUAGUGAGAAUCAAAUAUAUUUAGCCUUAAAUGUGUAAUGCAGAUACGAGCCGUUUGCUUCGCAUCCCGUGGUUCGUAUCGAUCACAAUACAGCAAUUCUGACGGGAAGUAAUAAACACGAAACAAACGCGGAAAAUGAACUAUGAUUGCACGUUUGUUAUUCGUUAACUUGCGGGAACUAUUCUUUGCAAGAUCAAGAAUUAAACUUUUAAUUUGGAACUUAAAAGAAUAAAUCCUGUAACAAAUACAAAACCCU